AGGCAUGUAGCCGCUAAGACCCCGUCAAUUAGUACCCGUUGUGGGAAAUCUAAUUAGAUCUUCUACCGCUACUAGAAGGGUGACUGUGUUUAUUGAACUUGAGUCUCGUGUAGUUGUGGAGCGCGAAUGCCCCUAGCCGCAAUUUACGUCAGAAAACGUCUCCGAGGUGCAAAAUGGCAGCAAAGUUAUCUCCGGGGAUAAUUGCAAUUCUGUCUUCGCUGGAGCUGGGGUCCUACCACACCAACAACAAUUCGUAUAGCCCAGCCCCAGCACGCCCCUGUACGACAACGAUUCUUGUGCAGGCCCUAAAAGCGGUCCGCCGGCAAACCAGGAGGACGCACAGCAAGAACCUCUCGCAAACUGGACGGAGCAGGCAACAUGACACUACUUCUCAGGCGGUACAAAAUAAAUCCAAGACCAUUCUGGACACACGACCAGCACAUUUUUCCCUGCUGGCUCGUAGCUCGCGCGAGGACAGCACUAGGAGUACACGAGGUGUUGAAGGGAACCACGACGAGCAACCGCUGUUACGGCGAGCGCGUAACCCGCCAGCACAUGAAGAUGCAACCGAAACCGUCUUGGGCAGAAACGAAAUAGCAAACGACCUCAAGCCCACCUCCUUCUGUGCGGGCGGAUCGUGCGAGGGCGGGAUAAUUGCGCCAGAAAAGCCCAAACAGCUCCAUACCUACGACGAGGCGCGGGGUUUGCUGUUAGACGGAGCAACAGGAAGGAUCAUCGGAAAGAAGAGAGAGGGGAGCAAUCAGAUCGUCGAUGUGGUGAACAAGAACUCCAUGGUCGUCAUAGGCACGAUUGACCCAGCAUCCGGGAAUAUAAUCAGCGCUGCUACUGGCGAGGUAAUCGGGUCUAGAACCGGAACAAUAGAAACACUAGACAGCGCAGCGGUUUCUGUAGCUUCACGGAACGCUGGUGAUGGGUUUCCGACCACAGGAAACGGAGCUGUACAGCCUCAGACACGUGCAGCCGGUGAUAACAAGCGAAACGACCAAAAUCUGCAACAGAGCGCAGAGAAGACGACGAAACUUUCCCAACCACUUACUACCACGACCACCAAACUGCCGUUAGUUUUGCCAGAAAGCGAGAUGGGGUACGGCGCUACAGCGUAUUCUUGGCUUCUAGGCCCGAACCCGACGGGACGCUCUGUUGUGCACCCAAGUGUGGAUAGGAGAUAUCCAAUCAUGCGGGAAGACACGCUCUCCCUGCACGCUUGCCCCCUGGACGUGUGCGUCUUUUUCCGAGUAGUAGGGACUUCAAUUACGCCUAGUACCCCAGAGGCGAGCUUGAACAAGAUGUCUACUGCUCAGGAAAUAAAGAAUUUAGCUGCAGCAGGACCAUUCGGCUGGCUCGGGGCGGAUCGCGAGCGGCAGCAAAUGGAAGUGCUAGAUGCGGCCAGCGAUUUGGGCGAUAAGACUGUGCAGGCAAAGGGAUGUUGGUAUUUGUCGAAGCGAGUAGAGGUGGGGAAGAGUAAUAAAGAUUCUCAACCUGCUGGAAAACAAGACGAUCCUGAUGUUGCUAUUGAUCCAGCAAGAGCUGCUGCUGCGAUCGAUCCAGCAAGACAGAAUCGUGAUCCAGCAACACAACGUGUUCUACAAGCCGACGAGUACUUUAUCAAGCACUGGGACAGUGGGGCGUUUUUGGAUUUUGCCGGUAUAGAAGAAACACCACCAGCAACUGUAAAUAGCGGCGGCGGAGAACAAGAAGUUUCAUUAGCUGCUGCGGCUGUACAACGAGUUCCUGACUUCACCUUCCCAGACAGUCUCUCCGCGGGCUCCUUCACCUUUGUUCGACCGGACGGGAGGAGCGAUUCAGGCAAUACAGCCGGUACAGCACCAGCUAUUACAAGUACAACAUUGAAAGUCCGGCCAAUCAACUUGCGUAAGGAUGGGGCCGCUGGCAGCAAUUACAGUAUCCGCGACCGAUUCGGAAAUGCCGCUUGCUACCCGAGAGUGGAAACUUGGUCGAUGACGAGUUCUUUAUUGAGCACGACAAAUAACUAUGACAUAACGGACGACCAGGUCCAGGAGCAACAGGAAGCAAUAGCAAACGGGAAUAAUAGAAACGAAAACCCAAGCGCAAACCCCGCCGCAGCUUUAGCCCAGCAAAUAGUCAACAUGUACGCGCAGUUCAAGGGCGUUAGCUGCUUAGCCGGCGUCCCGUUUUACCUGAUGUCCCACCGGUCGCACGCGUUGAUAGUCGACAAAGAUGCCAUGGGAGGGGAGGUCAAUGAAGUCGCCCUUGACCCGAAGAAGCAUCGGAAACCGGCGAAGGGGAAGUUUGUUUUCCUAAACGCCGGGCCGGACCUGGCUGGAGGGGACGACUCCGUUCAAAAAAUGAAGAAUCAAAAUGCGAAUCGGUACAGCCUGAAAGCCGUUGUCGCCGACGCGUACCUUCAGAUCAAGAAAAACGACCUGAAACAAGUUCACUGGUCCGGCAGUGAAGAGGAAAAUGAGAAAAUUUACGGCUCUCCCGGUCUCUUCCAUCCCCCCGACACUUUUUACCCGGACGGCCUCACCUGGGAGAUUGUUGGCCGCGGCGCGCGGGGAAUGGCUAGUAAGGUCUGUAUCAAAGCGACGUUUGCGAAUGAUUUUCACGGCGAAGGCGGGGGGAAAAAGGCCGUGUAUCUACAAGAUUUCGUGCACGGGGGGGACAACGAAGGGCCGCGGAAUAAUUGGCACACAUCGGACGCUUUCGUCAACUACUGUGGCAGUUGGGAGGAAUGGAGCUUAGUGCCGGUUGAAGACGAUGAUGGCAACAUCAAGGACGGCACAGAGGGUACCAGUACAGGGAACAACAGGAAGAUCUGUCAGGAACUGGAGUUAACCACGACGACUACAACAACCACGACCACGACGGUUUUCUCUGGGACUGCCGUGCCGCAGGAAACUGGGAGUGUAGCAGUUGUAGUUGCAGCUGGUCGUGCCAAUAGUAGCAAUUCUAGCAUUAUGUCAUGGUCCACAUCUGACCGCGUCGACCUCGAAACAACUGGUAGGAACCCUGGAAGAACAUCUAAUUCAUCAUCUUCAGCUCAGUCUAUCGCCUCCAGCUCUGAUAGAGUAAUUGGCGACCUGCAACGAGGCAGGAGUGAUCGUACCGUGGGGGUGGAAUCGUCUUCGCAACAAGGAGAAGUUUCAGACACAGGAAACGCCAACACGACAGUAAAAGCACGACUCGUGCCCCCUUGCAAGGAACUCGUCAACGGUACGGUACGAAACGGAAAGAACUUGAAUACCACUACAAACGCGUGCCACUACAACUCGACGAACAAAACAGAUCCACCACAGCAAGAAACCCGAGGCGACCGGCAAAAAGCCACCCUGUUCGGCCUCCCUCUCCCUUUCCCCAUUGUCGUGCUGGUGAUUAUCUUUAUCGGACUCUGCUGCGCUUUUUUCACGAUCACCUGCUGGCUUUGCGGGAGCUCCAGUUGUUGCUCUUGGGGAAAGAAAAAAGCCGAAGAAGAAGCACUGGAUGCGAUCCUAGCUCCUUUGGAAAAGAAGUACAAUAACCGGAGGAGCCAGAGUGGCCGGGAUUUGUCAGCAAAGAGCAAGAAGCCAAAAAGAAAAAAAACCCUACCGCCUGGCGGCGCAGGUCUAGCAGGAGGGGAUCAACAUCCUCGUACUAUCGGCGGUACUGGCACUGCAUCUGAUACUUCUAACACAGCUGGCGGCGGUGCGAGUGACAGAUCGUCCAAAAGUAGUACGUUGGCCGCGUCCGAUAGACCGCCGUCGACUUUCAUUGGGGCGAGGACACCAUCACCGGCUCUUGACUCCGAACAAAUUUUUGGACAAACUGCAACACUUCCAGGAACAACGACAACAGCGAAGACGAAAAAGAAAAAAAGCACUAGCAAAGAAUCUACUUCUACGCCGUCCGUGGCCAUUGUAAGUUUCGGAGACCAAAGUAAUAAAACUUCAUCAACAGCUGGAAAUGGAGAUGUUGGAAGCAAGUCGAUAAUAAUCGGCGGGACCGUGUCUUCUAAUAACUCCAACGAUCAGAUGAAGUUUUACCCGUCGCAAGUAGCAGUCAAUAAUUCUGCCGAGACCAGUGGAAGUAGUGCGACGAUAGUUACGAAGGCGUGCAACGAGAGCCAUAGCGGAACUACAAGUGGGGGCAGUAUUAAAAACGCCAACGAUAAGGGAAGCAAAGAGCUGCAAGAACACCAUCUCCAAAGCAGUUCGCUUUCUUCUGCAAGUUUCGAUUACACGGAACAGCAGAAGCUUGCGAUGCUCCAGGCCAACCAAAUGCCAGGCUUAGCGGGAAUCAGUAAUGAGCUCGUGGAGUCCGCAAAAUUUGGAGCAGAAGAUGCAGAUCAUGUUGAUCAUAUAAUUAGCGGUUCCCAGGUAGAAGAACAAGUGCGGACAUCUACUUCCAGAGGGAGUUUGUUGUCUGGAGAACGUCGUGUAGGUGCAAAUGUGCCGGACUUCGCUAGACAAGAAAAAGAAGAAGUUGUAGUAGUAGACCAGAAAAAGGAGGAGAAACUCAACAUUGCAAGCUUCGGGGGCUCGGGGGACGCGAGUCGGGAGGAACAUUUCUAGCUGGUGUUAAAACGUCCCCGCAUUCGGGAUUUCCACUCCAUUUUCAGAUCGUAAUAUCAGUCCCAUAAUAAAUUCCAAAACAUGAAGAUGAAGCGAAUUCGAUCCAAUCCCGUACUACUGUACACGUACAGGAAGUGUGCUAAAUAAAAAGGCCAGGCUCAUCGAUCCGAAUAUAGCUGGAU